AUGGCAACCGCAAAUUUCAACCCUGUUUUCAAAAUUGUAAAAGUUAUAUUAAUUUUUUCCACACUUUGUCAAGCUCAAGAGAACUUCACUGAGUAUGAGCGCAUGCCAGCUUUAUAUAAAUUCGACAAUUAUCAGAACUGCGUAAAUCGUAAUGAUCCUGAACCUUUAGCGUACCCAGCUAAAUAUUGUAUGGUGUAUGUGGAAAUACAGCCGGACAAUAACUCCUUAACAUGGCAACAAAUUGAGUUAAUAAGUGCAAAUAGAUUUAAGUACCGUCAUGAUCAUCUAUUUCGGGGUGUGUGCAUGGAAAGAUGUAAAGAUUUUCUAGUAAAUAAUGAAAAUAAAAUAAAUGUAGAUAAAGGUUUUUUAACUAAUGAGCAAACGGAAAUAUUUCAACAAUAUCACAAUAAUUCAUUGGAUCAUACCAUGCGUUAUCAGUAUCACAAUGAAAUUCAUGAAUGCAUUAACCAGAAAUAUUUGGACAACUAUAAUUUAAGUACAAAGACUUUUGUCAGUUAUUGUAUGGAUCCUAAAGAAAGCAGACAAAAAGAUACUUAUUUUUAUUUAACUAUACUUGUGAUCAUCAUAUUAAUACUGCUGAAUAUAAUUUCAUCCAUAUAUGAUGGCAUUGUAAAAGCCCAACAAUUAAAACCUGAUGACAAAUAUUAUGAAGUUAAACAUAAUGAUAAAGUUGACCGAUAUCUGACAUCAUUUUCUAUAUACCGGAAUUACAAACGUUUGGUGGUGGCCAACAAAAGUGACAUUGGCAUGGAUUUGAGUUUUCUAGACGGCUUUCGUGCAAUUUUAUGUCUACUAAUUAUUCUCGAACAUUCGCUACUUGUACAAUUCGCCCACCUCGAGAAUCCCGAUUACUUAGAGACAACUUGGAGUCAAUUGGGCACAAAAUUAUUCAUUCAUGCAUUUGUUUGGUUGGAAUUGUUUUUUGUUUUGAGUGGUCUCUUGAUGUUUGUUAAGUUCGAAAAGUCUCAAUACAUAACGCCUAAGUCAUCGUUCAUGGAUUGUGUUCAUGUUUUUGUGCGUCUGCUUGUUUCGCGAUAUUUGCGGUAA